UUAGAAUUAGACUCUCUGGCAAGAAGUGAGGAUUUACAUAACUGAAGUUCGUGGCGUUUGAUUCAAAUCGCAAAAUGGUCCCUUUCAGAGGACGACGAACUCCUCCUGACGAUUCAUGUUCCUCAAUGAUCUCAAGAGGCGUUUUCAUUGCUUGGGCCAUCCUCAUUUGCCAGGUGCAUUUCUGCUAUGGGCACGCCCGAUUGAUGGAUCCCCCGUCCCGCGCUUCCAUGUGGAGAGUCGGAUUUGACAAUCCAGCGGAUUUCAGUGACAAUGAAGGAUUCUGUGGGGGCUUUCGGCAUCAGCAUGGUUCCAUGGAAGGAAAGUGUGGGAUUUGCGGGGACCCUUGGGACGGACCCAGAGAUCACGAAGCGCCGGAUGGGGUAUUCGCCAAUGGGCUCAUCACUCGAACCUAUCAGCCUGGAGACGAUAUCAAUGUGGAGGUGGAUGUCACCGCUAACCACAAAGGGCAUUUCGUUUUCAAGCUUUGUGCCAAUAAUAACUUAUUCUCGGAUCCUAACCAGGAUUGUUUCGACGAGACUGUGUUAGAAGUGUUGCCUCACAUGGAACCACAGUUCAACGUCACCACCGACAACACUGGAACUUAUGCGCUUAAACUAAGACUUCCAGCCAAUGUCACAUGCAAACAGUGCAUUCUACAAUGGACGUAUACUUGCGGUAAUAAUUGGGGAGUGUGCCCAGAUGGAACUGGCGCUUUGGGUUGCGGUCCGCAGGAAAUGUUCCGAGCUUGUUCCGACAUCGCAAUUGAAGGAACACCAGUCGACAAUGACAACUCGAUAUCCGACGAGAAAGAAGUCAGUACAUCCUCGCCGUACAAGACUACUCCCAGACCUCUAAAAUGGGUGGGUGUGAAACUGCCCAAGUCUGAGCUGCUGGCCAGUAAGAAGCGACCUCGGAAAAGGAAACGAAAGAAUCGGAAGAAUCGAAAGCGUAAAAAGAAGAAUCGAUCGAAAAAGCGCAAACAUCGAAGAAAGAAAGGCAGACGCGGAAGAGGCCGACGGAGGAAAAGCAAAUCCCAGCACCACCCUAGAAGAAGAAAACACGGUGUCAUAAGUUUUGAAGAUCCAUUCCAGAAGUUCCAUUAUGUGUUGAGGUGAAUUCCUCAUCCAGUUUGAACCAACCAUAUUCAUUGGAUGAACAAACGCAUAUCAGUGUCUUUCAAUGGUUAUGUAUUCGUGUGCGUUGUACGUAGUAGUAACUAGUACUACAUACGUCUUAUGUACCCAGAUUUCUACCAAUAAAA